UCGGGUUUGAACGUAGGUCUUCCUUCUGCGCCUCGGGGAGCGCGAUAAGCUGUCAGUCUUGAUUGUUAUAAAAUACGCCUGGUAGCAAUCAUAGCUCAUAGUAGAGAAUAUAUCCACCAACCCUUGUAGCAGAAUGGUGAAUUAGGCUUCGACCCUUAUGCUUACAUAAAAAAAGAUACGUAACAGCGUGGGCUACUAAAAGCAGGUGCUGGGUGCUGGUAGGAUACACUGUGUUUUAGAAUUUGUGAUAAUGUUAAGUACAUGAAAGUUCGUGUGUUAGUGAUGUUCAUGAUAAUGUUAAGUGCUAUGAAAAUUCUAUGUUCAAUGAUUUACUAUUGAAUUGUUUAAGCAAUGUUGUAGUCUAGUUGUCUGUAUUACUUUAUUAUUUUACUUAAAAUUCAUAUUCUGUCUUUUUCGUAACGAUAUAAAUGCAUCAUUAGUUAAAUAAAUAAAACAAAUAAAUUGUGAAAAGGAAUACUCUUUAUUUUAUUGUCACUGUCAUUGUCACAAUAUACGAGAAAAAUGUGGUGACGUGUAUUUCACUUAUACUUAUCUUGCUGUUAUCAAAAUUAUAAACAAGAAAACGUUUUCAUUUAAAUUAUAAAUUGACGACAAAAUAAAAGUUUCUAAGAUAAAAUUUCAUUUUCACGAUGAGAAAACUCAAGGGUACAGUUAAGGAAACCGCUAAGCAGAGGCGUGAAAGGAAGCAAGAAUUCGCUAAAAUGCGCCAACAAAUACACACAAUAGUCUUGCCAACUGUAGCAGUUAUAUUUCUGUUAAUAUGUGUUUAUGUAUACUUUAAAACGCGACCAUCUGCCAUUAAAUCGGCGUAACGAACUGCAAACAUUCUAAAAAUGUUGUAUAUAGUAAAUUAUUGGUAUCCAAAUUAUGACUUACUUGAAAUAUUUUCUAUAAAAUUUAUAUUUAAAAAAUAUGGUUGUGAAUUAUAUGGUGACUUGUAGAAAAAUAAUAAUACAAUAAACUAAAUCAAAUUUUAUAGAUUAUUCUGCUGUUAAACAUUCCACUAAAGAAACAUAUCAUUGUAAAUAUUAGAGUACAUUUGAUCCCAAAAGUAAGUUAUUUACUAACGGAUUAUUUUAUUCAGCGUCUGUAUUAAGAAAAACUAACAAUUGUUGACGCCAGUAUUCUGUAAGAGAGCAUCAGAUAAUAAAAUAAAAUAUUUUCUUAUUAUUUAUUUAUAUAUUUAAUAAAUAUCUAUAAAUAAAUAUACUUAAUACGCAGGUUGAUAAAUAUGUCAUUUUAUGUCGUAUUAAAAUAUUUAAUUACAAAAA